AUGAUUCGAGUAUUGCUUCUGGUAAUCAUCUGGAUGAUACAUUAUGUUUGCCCAUCAUUUCAAAAAGACACAACGUUUGUCUUCAACGGCUUCUACCAAGAAGAUCAUCGUCUUCACCUUGACGGUAGUGCAAGAAUCCUCUCAAAGAAUCAUAUCCUGCAGCUGACAAAUGCAACGACAUCUCAAAUAGGUCGUGCUUUCUUCAAGAAGCCAGUUGACUUCAAACCAUCUGAACCAGUUUCCUUCUCCACACAUUUCGUGUGUGCACUGCUCCCUGUAGGUAAGAUCAGUGGCCAUGGCAUUGCGUUUUUUGUGUCUCAAUCCACUGACUUCAUCGGCGAUGAUCCAACUCAGUUCUUUGGUCUUUUCUAUGCAAAUAAAUCUGAUUCCCCACGUGUGUUGGCUGUUGAGCUUGACAUAGCUCCAGAUGAGGAAGACAGCGAGGGUAAUGAAGUUGGGAUUGAUGUGAACAGUGCAAAGGAUGUGGCAUCUGCUGAGGCUUCUUAUUAUUCAGACAAAGAUGGUAGGAAGAUUGACAUCAAACUUAAAAGUGGAGAUCCUAUUCAAGUUUGGGUGGAUUAUGAAAGAACUACACUCAAUGUUACAUUGGCUCCUCUUGGAAACCAUAAACCAAGCCGGCCUCUUCUGUCAUCAACAUCCAUCAAUCUUACAGAGAUUGUGCAAGGUAGAAGUAUGUUUUUCGGGUUUUCGGGUUCAACCGGGUCAAUCAUGAGUUAUCAGUACAUACUUGGGUGGAGUUUUAGCAAAAGCAUGGCGUCUCUGCAGAAGAUUGACGUCUCAAAACUUCCCAAAGUUCCUAAGCCUUACAAUAAAAAGAAGUAUUCAUCUCCUCUGCUUGAUGCUCUACUUGGUUUAAUAGCUUUAUUAUUUUUGGGGCUUUUUGUUAAAGUUUAUAUGUAUAGGAGAGACUUGUACGCAGAAGUAAGAGAGGAAUGGGAAAAAGAAUAUGGUCCACUCAGGUUCUCCUACAAAUCUCUAUACAAAGCAACAAAAGGGUUUAGUAAAACUGAGUUUAUUGGGAAAGGAGAAUUUUCAUCAGAGGAAGUUGAGAAGGUUCUGAAAGUUGGUUUGCUAUGUGCAAAUCUUGAUCCAGAUGCAAGACCGUCCAUGGAACAAGUGGUGUUGUACUUAAAUGGAAACCUAGAUUUACCAGAGUUUUGGCCAACUUCUCCUGGAAUUGGAGUUCUCACUCCAGCGUUUUCAACAGCACAACUCAUGCUUCCUUCACUAUCACGGACUCCUUCCUCAUCUAACAACUCUCCGUUUAUGACUCACUCAAUCGAUUACGGUAGUGGACGGUGA